AUGCCCCCAAGGAAAGCAAGGCAGUCAGAUCCUGGUCGCCGCAAAUCGCGACAGAGCGAUGUUCAGCCCGGCGACCCAAUUCCGAACCGUGGAAAGAGACGUUAUCGCCCCGGAACUGUAGCCCUCAGGGAGAUUCGAAAGUACCAGAGCGGUACUGAUCUUCUUUUGCGUCGACUUCCCUUUUCACGUCUCGUUCGCGAGAUUGCCGAGUCGGUCAUUCCCCGAGAUCAGCCACCGAUGCGAUGGCAAUCGCAUGCCAUUCAAGCUCUCCAAGAGGCCGCUGAAGCUUUCUUGGUUCAUCUUUUCGAGGACACAAAUCUUUGCGCCAUACACGCCAAGAGAGUCACUAUUAUGCAAAAAGACAUCCAGCUUGCGCGGCGCAUACGUGGUGUUUGGGGAGGCUUAGGUUGA